AGACGGGUCACUGAAUAUCUGGGAAUGUAGCGUGGAUUUAGAUGAUUUGGAGGUUAGAGAAGAGAAACAACAAACUAAACAAACUCAGGAGGAGGAUGCGAGCAAUGAUAAAGAAGAUGAAAAUAAGAAAGAGAUGGUUAGAUAUAAAAGAAUCGCAAAACAUUAUUUCAACCAAGAGGGAGAUUUCAAUAAUUUAACGGCGGUUGACUUUCACAAAUCCAGUCAUAUCUUGGUCACUGGAUUUCAGUCUGGUGCUUUUUAUUUACAUGAGUUGCCAGAAUUCAACAACAUACACUCAUUGAGCAUUUCUGACCAAAGUAUUGCGGCCGUAACCUUUAACCUUACUGGUGAUUGGAUAGCACUAGGAUGCUCCGGACUUGGUCAGCUGUUGGUCUGGGAAUGGCAGAGUGAGUCUUAUGUAUUAAAGCAACAAGGUCACUUCAAUAAUAUGACAUGUUUAGAUUAUUCUCCAGAUGGUCAAUAUAUUGUGACUGGUGGUGAUGAUAGUAAGGUCAAGGUAUGGAACACCAACAAUGGAUUCUGUUUUGUGACAUUUUCUGAACACACUGCUGGCAUAACUGGAAUACAGUUUAAUUCUAAUGGUCAUGUGAUCGUAUCGGCCUCGUUAGACGGGACUGUCAGAGCAUUUGACCUACACAGGUAUCGUAACUUUCGUACAUUCACGUCACCUCGUCCAGCACAGUUUCAGUGUUUAGCGUUAGAUAGUAGCAGUGAGUUCGUCUGCGCCGGAUCUAUGGACACGUUUGAAAUAUUUGUAUGGUCAAUGCAAACUGGUAGAUUACUGGAGGUAUUGGCUGGACAUCAAGGACCUGUUGUGUCAGUCAGAUUCAGUCCUACAGAAGCCAUAUUGGCUAGUGCAUCAUGGGAUAAAAGUAUGAAAUUAUGGGAUGUUUUUGAACAUAAAGGAGUCAGAGAAUCUUUCCUGCUCAAUUCAGAUGCACUGUGUGUUGCAUACCGUCCAGAUGGUAGAGAGGUUGCCGUAGCAACACUGAACUGCCAGAUAACAUUUUUUGAUGUAGGAACAGGUACACAGACCGGUAGCAUCGAAGGACGGCACGACUUGGGUUCUGGACGUAGAGACACUGAUUUAAUUACUGCUAAGACUGCAUCAAAGUCAAAGGCUUUCACAACAAUGUGUUAUUCUGCAGAUGGACAAUGUAUUCUAGCUUCCGGCAAAUCUAAACACAUCUGUAUUUACAACAUAAAAGAACAAAUUUUGUUGAAAAAAUUUGAAAUUUCACAUAAUUUAUCUCUUGAUGCCAUGGAGGAAUUUCUAGAUCGUCGUAAAAUGACAGAAUUUGGCAGUGUUGCUCUGAUCGAUGAUGUCGAUGAUGAUGAACAAACUGUUUUGACGUUGCCAGGUGUCAAAAAAGGAGAUCUGAGCUCCAGGUCAUUCAAACCGGAAAUCAACGUAACAUGCGUCAGAUUUUCACCAACAGGUCGUUCCUGGUCAGCAACGACAACUGAAGGCCUCCUUGUGUACUCUCUUGACCAUUCCAUGACCUUUGACCCAUAUGACCUCACAGUUGAUGUGACCCCUGACACCAUCCGCAGUAAUUUAUUCACAAAGGACUACUCCAAUGCUCUGAUGCUGAGUUUUAAACUGAAUGAGAAAAAUCUGAUUGAGGAAGUGGUUGAGAGCAUCCCGCCCAGUGAAGGUCAAUGUUCUGCAAGUCAGAAGGUAUGUUCUGCAAGUCAGAAGACAUGUUCUGCAAGUCAGAAGGCAUGUUCUGAAAGUCAGAAGGUAUGUUCUGAAAGUCAGAAGGUAUGUUCUGAAAGUCAGAAGGUAUGUUCUGAAAGUCAGAAGGUAUGUUCUGCAAGUCAGAAGGUAUGUUCUGCAAGUCAGAAGGUAUGUUCUGCAAGUCAGAAGGUAUGUUCUGAACGUCAGGAGGUAUGUUCUGAAAGUCAGAAGGUAUGUUCUGAAAGUCAGAAGGUAUGUCCUGAAAGUCAGAAGGUAUGUUCUGAAAGUCAGAAGGUAUGUUCUGAAAGUCAGAAGGUGUGUUCUGAAAGUCAGAAGGCAUGUUCUGAAAGUCAGAAGGCAUGUUUUGAAAGUCAGAAGGCAUGUUCUGAAAGUCAGGAGGUAUGUUCUGAAAGUCAGAAGGUAUGUUCUGAAAGUCAGAAGGUAUGUCCUGAAAGUCAGAAGGCAUGUUCUGAAAGUCAGAAGGCAUGUUCUGCAAGUCAGAAGGCAUGUUCUGCAAGUCAGAAGGUAUGUUCUGAACGUCAGGAGGUAUGUUCUGAAAGUCAGAAGGGAUGUUCUGAAAGUCAGAAGGCAUGUUCUGAAAGUCAGAAGGUAUGUUCUGAAAGUCAGAAGGGAUGUUCUGAAAGUCAGAAGGCAUGUUCUGCAAGUCAGAAGGUAUGUUCUGCAAGUCAGAAGGUAUGUUCUGAAAGUCAGAAGGUAUGUUCUGAAAGUCAGAAGGUAUGUUCUGCAAGUCAGAAGGUAUGUCCUGAAAGUCAGAAGGUAUGUUCUGAAAGUCAGAAGGUAUGUCCUGAAAGUCAGAAGGUAUGUUCUGAAAGUCAGAAGGUAUGUUCUGAAAGUCAGAAGGUCAAUUAUUAG